CUCCCUGUGAAUGAUGGGAAAGCAGACUGUGUUGCACUCAUGUGCUCAGAGACACACUGACACCUUGAAGUGCUGGCAUCAAGGCCUUGUGGUGAAGGGUAUGAAAUACCCCAUGGAGGACUUGUUCAGAUGUGCUGCUUGUUAGAGGUCAGUAAAAGCUAAGAGGUUGUUUUGUUCGUAAUCCCAUGCACCGUGUUUAGAGACCAAUGCAGACCGAAGACAAUAGAGCCGAACCCUGGCUGAGAAUCAGGCUUCGUGUGCAUGACAAGGACGCUUGUGUUGCAAAAUUUACCACAGUGUCUCCUCUGUGGUUUCCCCUGUUUAUACAGCUUUGAUGUUUUCUUCGUCUCAUAGUUUUCAGAUGCCCUUGAUUGUGUAAUUGGAUCCAUCUUUGUUAUUUAAACACAGAAAGAAGCCUUUGUCUUCUGCUGCCGUUUUUUACCUCACAGACUAAAAACACUAGAAGAAGAUGAGUUACUGUAUUUGACGGCAUCCUUAAAGGCCCUGUGAGGAGUUUGGAACUGGCUUAGAAACAGACUGAAAAUGAUACUGAUGCCUCUUUAUAACCUUCAAUAGCAAACAAGUCCAUCAGCAGCAACACUGGCACCUUCUCUGUUGUCAUUUUUAAUGCCUGAAACCGCCCUGAGGGGGUAGGUGUCAGACCAGAUGAUGGACAUCUCGCUUCAGAAACAGCCUUUAUUCGACUGUUUUCAUGGAAAAUAAUCACAUUGCCUGAUAAAGUUGACUGUUGAACACAACAGGAUGAGGCUUUUGUUGAAAACACUACUUUUGCAUGUAUAGGACAAGAGAUAAGAGGUAUCACUUUGUCCACAAGGGGGCGCCAGAAUUGAUACAAAACAAAAGUUCCUCACAGCAGCUUUAACUUAUUCAUAAAUGCUCCUGAUAUGAUUGCUUUGUGUAGUUGUUUGAGACUGUUUGUGUGUUAGGACUUUAAGUGUGGAUAAGAAUAGAAAAAGCAAAGCAUUUACUUAUACAUGACAUUAAUGCCAAUGCCAUCAAAUGUGUUGUUGUUCCAUGUUACACCACUAGGUGGGAGUGCACACCCAUCAAAGCUGACAGAGCAACACAACAUGACAAGUUACAGUAACACGUACUGACAUUUAAAAGCCACACUCGUUUUGAUCUCAUCCCCUAAUCAUUAACUGUGAUCAGAGACAUAAGGAAGUCUACUCAGUAGAAGAAUAACCCACAUGGCCUCUGUUAGGGGGACUGUUGUUUUCUCUUACUACUGCUCCUCAGAGGGGAUUUCUGACUUUUGUUUCCUUGUAUGAAAUGUCAACGAAACUUGCCAGUGUUGAUGAAUGGCUCAUUCUUAACAGCUGUCACACUGGAUAAAGGACAACAGACAUUCACUGGAAACACAUUCAGGGCAAGAACUUAAAAUUCCCAAGACUGAAGAGUGUACUUUUGCAAUUUCAAUGGUUACUUCCCCGUUGAUUCAUCCCUCAGACACAGACAAAAUGAAACCAUCACAAGUUUGUUUAAGUCUAGCUUUCCUUUUGAAAAUACACAAACCCGACUUCUAAACAGAAGCAAGACCUGGGACAGUGCACACCACAGUCCUGCCCUGCUGUUGGCUUUGGUGCUGUUCUACUUUUAGACCUGCUGCUAGUGUCUCAGUCCUUUGGCCUGGCUGGUCUUCACCUUCACAGCCACCAGGUAAAUCUGGCGAGACAUUGGGGCUUUGCAAGGCUUGUUGACAUGUCAGUCAUCACGACCUCAGUGUCAAACAGGCCGGUGAGUGUGUGAGAGAGCUGCUGCCUCUAAAGACGGUUAUUCAGCAUGUUCAGCUCUUGGCUUCCUGAUGUGGACAGAGGGCAGGCAGCAGAGCUCUGUUAAACAGCAGAUGUGUUACAGUGCAGCCGUUACCCUCAUUUCCUGGGCGGAGAGCUCCUCGCUCUAUUAGACAAGCAACAGGAACCAGAAAAAAGACGGGUUAGAGGGGGGAGAGAGAGAGAGAGAGAGAGAGAGAGAGAGAGGCAGAGCAAGAGAGAAAAGUUAGCUGAGCUCGGAGCUCCCACAAAUCACUUUGUCACCAGCAAGCUCUGACAAGCACCAGGAGAGAGGGAGCGCUCAGGGAGAAAGGGAGAGAGACGGCGAGUUAAAUAGAGGUGUGAAGAGGGAGUUGUGUCAGAGGACAUCAAGAGAGAGCUUUCUGAGGGCACAACCGAUGGAUUGACAAACAGGGGAGAGAGACGACUUCAAUCUGAUUCCCACAACAGCGUGAGCCACGAAAGACUGCUGCUCCAGCUACUGCUGCUGUUUCUGGAUGCUACGCUCGUUUAAAGAGAAGGUGUGUCACACUUUUGUUACAGGAGGACAGUGUUUGAUUGACAGACGGAGAGUUUAGCUGUGGUCUUAUCUUCUCACAGCAUCCCUCCGUGACCUGUUUGUUUUUUUUUUUUAAUCUCAGGCUGGAUACAAAGAGAGCAACACUGACAUAUCUUUGUGUUUGAGGAUGAAGAUUGAGUUAAAGACUCUUCAUCUCUGUAGUCUGUGAAGAAGGAAUACACUGGAAGUGUUGAAAGCUAUGUUUUUUGUCAGCUGCAGCUUUACACAGAUCACAUGCUGGUAUUUUUAAAAAAGAGGUAGUCAGAGUGAGGAGUGUUACAAGUUAAUCAGAUCAGAUGUUUUCCUCUGGGGUCAUAUCUUAAUGGAUAAGUGAUAGAGUUGUGACUGAUGUACAAUAAGCAAGGUUUAAAUACACAGUGGACAUUUGAUUAGCACUGGGGCGACUCAAAACCCCUGAGAGUUCUUUAUCUGGGCUGUAAAGGAAGCUGGAGGUCAUCUGAUCAAACUUCAAAAACAGAGAAAUAGGAAGGCCAUUUUCUUCCACUUAGCACUCAGGGCUUAUCGUUUUAAUUCUCUCUUCCUUAGAGGCAUUAAAAGAAGAUUUAUUCUACAUCUACAUACAGAGCAGUCCUGAAUGAUUAGUGAAGAGCUUGUGAGGGUCAGACAGACAGAAAGCUACAUCAGCUGAUUAGCCUUGGACUCAGAUGUUAGUGAAGUUCAGCUCUGCCAACACUGCUCUUUAUUCCGCUGAGUGUUACACGGCUCCCUCCACAUUUGCUCGGCUGUUCUCUGAGGGCAUGUAAAAAGAGACUCCCUGGUGAGCAAUACAGCUGACACGUGGAGGCAAAUAUAUACUUGCAUCAAGUACGACAGCUUUCAUAUUGAGGGGUGGAGUCUUGAAAUCGUACCAAGUCCAGGUUGGUUCUGUAGGAACAGAACCAGUCCUGCUGAGUGUUGGUAGUUUGUUUUGGAGUGUUGGGUGCUGUUGAGGUCUCCUGAGGGCGCUGUCUCAGUGCUCUGUUAGCUUUUGACAGCUUCACUUUGGACUCCCUUUAGCAUCUGAGACGUCAUUGUGUUACCUGUGUGGCUGAGUCAGAGGCUGGCUCAUCUUUCCACGUCUGUCUGCCCACUGGGACUCUCUCCACCUGCCUCUAUGCAAAGAGGACACAAGUGUUAGGUGGUUUUUCACAGCAGCAGCAGCGACAGCGGAGGCACCAGCAGUCCUAAACUCACAGGACUCUCCACACUGCUUUAAUUGUUCUGCCGUGUGUAAACACCUUGCGUCACCAACACCUCUCCAUUGAGUGAUUCACUGCUCACUAAGCAUCCCCUGUCCGAGGCAGGCAGUGAAGGAAAGGUGAGGGAGGAUUUGCAGAGAGAAGAAGUGCUUGCAAACAGACAAGGUUGGCACCAUGAAGCUGGUGUUCCUGAUGCUCAUGGUGGUGUACACAGUGGGAAACGUGAGUGGUAUGUCCACCUGUAAGACACUGGACCUGGAAAUGGUGAAGAAAAAGCGCAUCGAGGCCAUCAGGAGCCAGAUUCUUAGCAAACUGCGCUUGCCAAAAGAGCCGGAGCCGGAUCAGGCUGGAGACGAUGAGGACAUCCCCAGCACCCUGCUGUCGCUCUACAACAGCACCAGAGAGAUGCUGAAGGAGCAGCAGACUGAGGUCCAGACUGACAUCGUCACAGAGCAAGAGGAGGAGGAGUACUUUGCCAAGGUGCUGCACAAGUUCAACAUGACCGGUACAAAUAACACAGAAAUCAACAAGAACUCCCAAAACAUCCCGAUGUUCUUCAAUCUCUCGGACAUUCGACAAAGUGUUGGGGACUAUCGCCUGCUGACUAACGCAGAGCUACGGAUGCUCAUCAAGAACACCAACAUAGAUAAAGAGCAGAGGGUGGAGCUGUACAAGGGUCUGGGGGCCGACGCUCGCUACCUUUCUUCCCGAUUCGUCACCAAGCACUCGAAAGACAAAUGGCUGUCCUUCGAUGUCACAGAGCCCCUGCAGGAAUGGCUCAAAGGAAACGAGGACGAGCAGGGUUUCCAAUUUCGCCUCUUCUGUGAAUGCGGCAAGACGACGAGCGACGGCUUCAAUUUCGACGUCUCUGGGACUUCCAAGGACAGGAGUGACAUGGGAACGUUAAUAAAGAUGACAUCGCAACCACCGUACAUCCUGACCAUGUCCAUCCCUCAAAACACAAGCACUCACCUCACCUCCCGCAAAAAACGCUCCACAGACACGAAGGAUGCCUGCACAGCCCAGACUGAGACGUGCUGCGUGCGGAGCUUGUACAUCGACUUCAGGAAAGAUCUGGGCUGGAAGUGGAUACACAAGCCAACAGGCUAUCAUGCUAACUACUGCAUGGGGUCCUGCACCUAUAUCUGGAAUGCUGAAAACAAAUAUUCUCAGAUUUUGGCCUUGUAUAAGCAUCACAACCCAGGAGCCUCUGCCCAGCCCUGCUGUGUUCCUCAGGCGCUAGAGCCACUGCCAAUCCUUUACUACGUGGGCAGGCAACACAAGGUGGAGCAGAUGUCCAAUAUGAUUGUGAAGUCCUGCAAGUGUAGCUAAAAUCACACAAUGCGGGGGCCUCGCCUCAAACAUAAGCCGAGAUGGACGAGAUAUGUUUGGGACCACAGAGAGGAGCAAGCAGCAGAGAUAAAGAGGACGACAAUAAUGUGGACGAGAGGAACAAAAUAUUUAAAGUGAGGAGGAACUUUGGGGUCGACCUUUCCUCUUGUGAGCUCUGCCAUUAUCAUGAUGAACGCACAUCGACCCAUGAACUUCUUUAAAUAAAUCAUAUUUUGUAUAUAUUUUUCCAAGCAGUAGUAAAAAUGAUCUGUCUUGAAAUAAAUUAACUUAUUUGUUGGAGGGACAGAUUUUGUAAAGAAGUGAUAAACAUGUUUUAAAGUCAGUUUGACAUGUAAAACGUUUAAAUGGUAUGCGGUCAAAGAAAUCCCAAAGGACUUAAGGACUCAGUGACCUGAAUGGAAGAAGACUGUUUCCACAGAUGACGAUUGUCAGGGGCAUUCUUGUUUUCCAUAUCAUCUUCAUGGAAAGGUCAUAGUUAAAGGUGCUAAGUGGUUGCUGGGGUUUUCCUGGAGAUAAUGCCCAGGUGUUUUUGGAGAGAGUAACACCAUAAAGGACAGCAAACAACCGCAGGGACAGUCCAACGUGUGGGAACUCCCUCUGACUGAGAGGCUGGAGUGAGAUUCACGGGAACCGUCCAUCAGUUUUACGUGCUUUGUUUGUUCUGCAACCCACGUGAUUUAGUCAAUGCUUUUUUGUCACUGUGUUUGUGUUAAUAAUUGAAUGUCAGCUUGUCCUUAUGAAACCGCCCAAGCUGCCAAAGCCAUGAGUAAUAUCAGUGUUUGAGAGAGUGAUGACACCAUGUUUUUCUCCAGCUCAGGAUUUACAGCCAGCCUGUUGUCUCUAGGUAGUGUGGGUCAGGGUAUGUGGUUGUGGUGUUGGUUUUAAAGGAAGUCAUUCAGACUCAAAACACACAUUUGAUGGGUUUUUUUUCCUGUUCUUUCAUAGAAACUUAGAGGCAGGUUAUUGCCUUUUUAUUUCAGGAUAACUUUAUUACUUUCAUCUGAAGUGUGAUGCUUUUUGCACAUCUUUUUAAAAAUAAUGAAUCCAGCUUCUUUUUUUUGUUGUAGGACUAAAAUCAUUUCACAUUUUGACAGUUUAUCAUAUUUUUCAUAGUGCACUUAUAUUUUUUAAAUUUGCUUUUGUAAAUACUUUAAAAAAAAAUUGAAAUAAACAUCAAUGUUAAAUUAUCACAUCAGAGUGGAAGAUUUUUCAGAGCCAAAUAAAAACACAUGAAAUGUUUCCACUUGUAAGAGAGCUGUGUUGUGGAGGUGGAUGUUGCGCGUACUUCACUUGUCAGUGCAUGCAUGUGUGUGUGUGUUUGUGUGUGUGUGUGUGUGUGUGUGUGUGUGUGCAUUUUAAUUACAGCAAAGGGAGAGAAGGUUUUACGUAAGAAGUAAAAACUGGGACACUGUUUUGGAGAUGAUUUCUACCACGAUUUUAAACACAGUUCAUUCUUUUUUCUUCAUUAUUUCACACUUAAUAAAGGGUUUAUUUGAGU